AUGAAGCUCGUAUUCUUGGGUCUGCGUUUGCUGCUGGGGAUCUUCUUCAUGUUCACGGGGGCGGUCAAGCUCUCCGAGUGUCACAUCCCGGCCCAGGUGCACGCGCAGAUGAAAGCCCAGAUGGUGAAGUUUGCUGAGGUGUUACCAUUGGAGGCCCUGGGCUACAAUCCAGAUCCCGAAUACCUUCUGAUUGUAGUAGGCUGGGUGGAACUUGUGUCCGGUCUCCUAUUGGCCGUGGGACCCCCCUUGCUACAGGAGCUCAGCAGCAUUUUACUCUCCAUGCUUAUGAUGGUUACAGUUUACACCUUGGUGGUACUGAGGGAGUCUGUGUCUACAUGUGCACCCCCAACCCUUUGCCUGGGACUCCUGUUUCUGCUCUUUACCCGUAUCUGCCAGAGAUCCUGA